GCUGAGCGCUUCGGAUACCUCAGACGGACGGUGGCCACCCCAAGACGCGCCCCAGCCCGCCAUGGCCCGGAUCCUCCGGGCAUCCUGCCUUCUGUCCCUGCUCCUGGCCGGGUUUGUUCCGCCGGGCCGGGGACAAGAGAAAUCCAAGACAGACUGUCAUGGCGGUAUGAGCGGUACCAUCUACGAGUAUGGAGCCCUCACCAUCGAUGGGGAGGAGUACAUUCCUUUUAAGCAGUAUGCAGGCAAAUACAUCCUCUUUGUCAACGUAGCCAGCUACUGAGGUCUGACAGACCAAUACCUUGAACUGAAUGCACUACAAGAAGAACUUGGGCCAUUCGGCUUGGUCAUCUUGGGCUUCCCUAGCAACCAGUUUGGCAAGCAAGAGCCAGGCGAGAACUCGGAGAUCCUACCCAGUCUCAAGUAUGUCCGACCAGGUGGGGGCUUUGUGCCUAAUUUCCAGCUCUUUGAGAAAGGGGACGUGAACGGGGAGAAAGAACAGAAGUUCUACACUUUCCUGAAGAACUCCUGUCCUCCCACUGCGGAACUCCUGGGCUCACCUGGCCGUCUCUUUUGGGAACCCAUGAAGAUCCAUGACAUCCGCUGGAACUUUGAGAAGUUCCUGGUGGGGCCAGAUGGCAUACCGGUUAUGCGCUGGUACCACCGGACCACAGUCAGCAACGUCAAGAUGGACAUCCUGUCCUACAUGAGGCGGCAGGCAGCCCUGAGCGCCAGAGGGAAGUAGCUGAUGCCCCGCCCCCACCCCGCCCCCUGCCCAUCAUGCAAGGGCUGGGGAGGGGCUCUUCAGGAAGGAAGCCACACUCACAGUCAUUCUACACCCACCCCAGAUUCCCUUUAUUACACAAAAGACAAGCCUGACCAGUGUACACAACUGACAACUGUCCCAGUGUGUGCAUGGCUACAAAGUCAUGUAUCUGCCUGCUUGAAACCCAGAGACGGACCAUCUGUGGUCAUGGCUUGGCACAACAUCCUCAUAUUUUUUUUCCACUUUCUGUUCCAAAUGAGCCCAAAGGAAACACAAGUUGUAGGUCCAACGGUCCUGCUCAAACCUGAACAUCAUUCUUGGGGCCUGUAUCUCCCACACGUCCGCACUACACUUCUGGGUUCACUACACCGCCAGCCUCCUUCAUCCUUCCUGAAGGACCCUCCUAAGUCCCCAACCUCAUCCCACAGUGCUCCCGAGAACAGCCGAGGCAGGCGUGAGCAUGAUGGCCAUGUACCCCAAGUCAGGGGUGGUGUCUCCAUGAAGGAGGGGCCCGAAGCCCUUGUGGGCGGGCCUCCCCUGAGCCCGUCUGUGGCGCCAGCCCUUAGUGCAUUCAGGCUUAGGCUCCCAGGCAGGGACACCAUCCCCGCUCCUCUGGGGGACAUGCUAUCCUCUCACUCUGUCCACUGGCAUCUCUCACUCCCCAGUUGCCCAGUAAAGGUAUUUCUGCAGCA